AUGUCGACUCACAGCAACAUAAUAGGGAACAACACCUUCAUGAUGUCCGGGAGCCAGAACGUCAUGACGUACACCUGCGAGUCCUGGACCUCUGACUUCCAAGCGAGAUUCAUGAUGUGCGGGGAGUUUCCGUCCGGCGUUGUCGACAACUGCACCAUCUCCGUGUGGCUGAGACACACCUCGAAAUCGACUUCGAGGGUUGGCAGUGCCGUCCGCGUCCACAGGGAUGUGGAGGUCCUCGUGAAGAAGACGAUCCACAGACCUGUGAGGGCGCACAUGAGCCUGCGGAUCAGGCAGACGCAGAGCUGGGUGGCUGAGCAGACGAAGCUGUUGGAGGUCUGGAGGGAGUCCUGCUUCUUCUCGGAUUUCUGCUUCACCUCGUUUUUCAACGAUACAAAGUACAGGAUUGUUCUCCAGAUCACGUGGAACCUCGCCGAUAUGGAGGACCCGUCCAACCGGCCCAAUCCCUACCUCGAGGUGUCGGACUUCCUCAUGACGCGGAGUCUCAGCGACGUCAAGAUCAUCAUCGGUGAUGAGAGGAUACUCGCUCACAAGCUGAUUCUCAGCGCUGCCAGUCCUGUUUUCCACGCGAUGCUGACGUCGCCGAUGAAAGAGGGGAUGGAAAAUUGUGUUGUCAUCGAGGACAUUGACGCCGGCAUCAUGAAGACGGUCUUGAAGAUCCUGUACACGGGGCGAGACGAGGACUUGGAUAGACUUGAAAUCGCCUGGGAGGUACUGGCCGUGGCCGAAAAAUACGACAUGAAGGUGCUGAAGGAUCAGUGUGAACAGAAGCUGCUUAACAAUCUCACUGUCAACAACGUUCUGCAAAUCCUCGAUGAUGCCGACACCUAUCAGGCGGAGACACUCAAGAAGGAGUGCAUGAAGUUCAUUAUUAGGCAUCAGAAAGAAAUUAUUGCGACAGACUAUUUUGAGGAAAUUUUUAUCAGGAAGCCUUUGCUUAUGAUGCAGUUCACUGUCGGAAUUGUCAAUUCAAAAUCCAAUUUGUUUAAGUAA